AUGGAAAAGGUGCAUUUCAUGUACAGGAGGCAUAGUCUUGGGGCACCGAGUGUCAAGAAAAGGAAGGAGGGGGAGAGAGCAAAAGGGGGAGGGCAGAGCAAAGCGUGCCGCCGCCAACUGCAGGCAAAGCCACAAGGGAACGGGCGGGACAGGCCGGAUGCGACCGAGGGCAGAGAAGACUGCGCCAAAAUUGCCAACCCGCGCGGGAAGGGUAGAGAAAGAGGCACCCGGGGGGAGUGGCGGAGUGAAGGCAGGGGUGCGUGGGAGAGGGAAGCAAAGGGGGGGACAACACCCAGAAGCGGGGCCCCGCGGGGAGCAACCGGCGAAGGAGGGGAGGCCAGGGACGAGGCGGGGGCAGGGCGGGUGCCAGCGGAAGGACAAAAACGGAGCGACCCAAGGGACGAGGCGAGGAGGACGCGGAAGGGGAGCCCAGCGGAACACACAGGGACAGAGAAAGAAGGCGAGCGGGGGGAGGGCGUGGGAGAAGUGCGGUCCGGAGCGAAGAGGGAGCCAAGGGGAAUCGGAGGUACUCGGACCAGGCAAGCUGAGAGACUGAAGCGAAAGAAGGGACGCGAACCACGCCGGAGGCGGGGGGGGGGCGACGGCAAGAGGGCCGAGCGGGGAAAGGCGGGACCGCAAGGGCACGGAAAAGCAAGGCGCCGGAGCACCGAGCACGACGUGAAGGAGCUGAGAAGGGAGGAGAAGUGGAGGAAAGGGCGGAAACGGGGCCAGGAAGGAGCAGCGGCGCGGGACCACGCAGCAGGAAGCGCCGGGGAGGCCAGACGAGGCGAAGGACCGGGCCAGGGGGAGGGGGGCGCACGGACCGGGGAGCGGGGCCAGAGGAAGAGAGGCGGGCGCAGAAAGCAGGGGGAGGACGGGGAGGAGGCCCGACUGGGGGAGGAAGAGGCCGGGAGAACAGAGCCGAGAGGCGGCCCGAGAGCUAACAAGCGGCGGUCGGCAGGCGGGGCACGCGGCGGCGAUAUGGCGGGCACGUGGAGGCAGCAGAACGGGAGCUGA